CUUUAAAAGUUCGCCCAAUGCAACAGAGAACUAGUAGAUAUUUGGAAGGAGAAUGAGAGACAAGCAUACAGAAUUAUCCUCUAAAACCAGCUGGAGAGACAGGCACUUCCGUAGUGGAUAUUUAUAUUCAUUGAAAGGUUUUAUAUAACCCAAACAUGGCCACUUCAUUAAGUUCCAAGCUUAGCAAAGCUGUGAAACAGCAGUACAUGGAUCUCCCUCAGGGAGACGAGGUUCAGAUCAUGUACAUCUGGAUUGAUGGAACUGGAGAGGGACUGCGAUGCAAGACAAGGACUCUAGACUCCGAACCCAAGACCAUUGAAGAACUCCCUGAGUGGAACUUUGAUGGCUCUAGCACAUAUCAGUCUGAAGGAUCCAACAGUGACAUGUUCCUGAUCCCUCAAGCCAUGUUCAGAGACCCCUUCAGGAAGGACCCCAACAAACUGGUCUUGUGUGACGUUCUCAAAUACAACCGCAAACCUGCGGAAACCAAUCUUCGUAAGACCUGUAAAAAGGUCAUGGACUUGGUGCAGAACCAGCAUCCUUGGUUUGGAAUGGAGCAGGAGUACACAAUUCUUGGCACAGAUGGUCAUCCAUUUGGUUGGCCCUCCAAUGGUUUUCCUGGUCCUCAAGGUCCAUACUACUGUGGUGUGGGAGCUGAUAAGGCUUAUGGACGUGAUGUUGUCGAAGCCCAUUACAGAGCCUGUCUGUAUGCUGGAGUCAAAAUCUGCGGCACCAAUGCUGAAGUCAUGCCUGCACAGUGGGAAUUCCAAGUUGGGCCUUGUGAAGGCAUUGAGAUGGCAGACCACUUGUGGAUUGCCCGCUUCCUCCUGCACAGGGUUUGUGAAGACUUCGGUGUUGUGGCCUCUUUUGACCCUAAGCCCAUCCCAGGCAACUGGAAUGGAGCUGGCUGCCACACCAACUUCAGCACAAAGGAGAUGCGUGAGGAAGGGGGUUUGAAACACAUUGAGGAGGCAAUUGAGAGGCUGGCCAAGAGACAUCAGUACCAUAUCCGUGCAUAUGAUCCUAAAGGAGGGCUGGACAAUGCCAGACGCCUGACCGGCCAUCAUGAGACCUCCAACAUUAAUGAGUUCUCUGCUGGAGUGGCAAACCGUGGUGCUAGUAUCCGAAUCCCACGUUCUGUGGGCCAGGAAAGGAAGGGGUAUUUUGAAGACCGCCGUCCCUCAGCCAACUGUGAUCCAUAUGCAGUCACCGAAGCUAUUGUACGUACAUGUCUACUCAAUGAAGAGGGUGAAGAGCCUGUGGAAUACAAGUGAAUUAGAGGACCAAACCAAUAAUCUUUCCACUCCCUUUGUUCUGGGGUGUUAGUUUCUUUUAGUCAUGAUUUGUUACUGACACCAUGUUCACUAGUCCAUCUGAAACAAGGAAAUCAACUCAAUGAAUUGUUCACUUAUUUGUGGGUUGUCCUUAGAAAUGCACAUUGGCUCAGUUUGUCCAGUACUUUUAGCUUCCCCACUGCCAGUAUUUUCCUGUUUAUUUAGAACUGAUUCAGUGGGUUGAAUAAUACCAGAAGCUGACAGAAAUCUAAUUUGGUAGACUGAAGUUUACAACUAAGAUUACUACUUGACCUUUAAAGACAUUCUUGUGUAUUGAUCUCUUGUUUGUAAUACAUUUUAACAUGAUUUUUAUAUAAGUAACUGUAUAGAUGCUUACUGUAGUCAAUUUAGAAAAUAUAUAUGUAUUUACUGGUGUGUUUGUGUGUAGUACUGGGACCAACAUGCAUAGUUUAUACUAAUCUGGCUCUGAUGGUUUUAUUUUCAAAGAGUUGUGCAUUUUUAUUUUUGCAGAACCAGUCAUAUUUCAGAAAACAUGAGUAACUUGUCUCUACAUUAAAAACAAUGAAGGAUUUUUA